AUGCGCACGCAGCACCUCCAGGGGGCAAAGACGAGGGGGGAGGAGGGGACGGCUUGGGUGUGCCAGAUGGUGGGGGAGGCGGGGAGGCCUGGCCCGAGAGGAGAGAGGCAGAGGAAGAGGAAGAGGAAGAGAAAGAGGAAGAGGAAGAAGAAGAGGAAGAGGAAGAGGAAAAGGAAGAGGAAGAGGGAGGAGGAAGGAGGAAGGAGGAAGGAGGAAGGAGAAAGGAGGAAGGAGGAAGGAGGAAAGAGGAAGGAGGAAGGAGGAUGGAGGAAGAGGAAGAGGAAGAGGAAGAGGAAGAGGAAGAGGAGGAGGAAGCAAAAGAGAGAGAGGAAGAAGAAGAGAAAGAGGAAGAAGAAGAGGAAGAGGAAGAGGGAAAGGAAGAGGAAUAGGAAGGAGGAAGGAGGAAGGAGGAAGGAGGAAGGAGGAAGGAGGAAGGAGGAAGGAGGAAGGAGGAAGGAGGAAGAGGAAGAGGAAGAGGAUGAGGAUGAGGAAGAGAAAGAGGAAGAGGAAGAGAAAGAGGAAGAGGAAGAGAAAGAGGAAGAGGAAGAGGCAGAGGAAGGAGGUUGA